AUGGCCCCCCAAAUCCCCAAGACCUACAAGGCGGCCGUGAUUGUCGGGCAGCAGAAACCGCUGGAGAUCCAAGAACUCCCCAUCCCGGAGUUGAAGGAGAACGAGGUCUUGGUGAAGGUCCUCGCUUGCGGUGUAUGCCACAGUGACCACCAUGUGCUGAACGGAGACAUGGGCCCGCCGCAGAUCAAGUGUCUCGGCCAUGAAUACGUCGGCGACAUCGUAAAGCUCGGUGCGGCGGUGAAGGACUGGAAAGUCGGCGAUCGCGUCGGCGGAGCAUGGCACGGCGGCCACGAUGGCACCUGUCGCGCCUGCAGACGAGGCCAGUUCCAGAUGUGCGACAACAAGACUGUCAACGGUGUCUUCCGCGAGGGCGGGUACGGCGAGUACGCCACGAUCCGCUCCGAGGCGGCCGUUCGAGUCCCCAAAGACAUGGAUCCGGCCCAGGCUGCUCCUCUGCUGUGUGCCGGUGUGACUGUCUUCAACGGCAUGAGGCAUAUGGAUGCUUCGUCGGGAGGCAUCGUCGCCAUUCAAGGGCUUGGUGGACUCGGCCACUUGGCGGUCCAAUACGCGCGCAAAAUGGGCUUCCGAACCGUGGCGCUGUCCAGAGGCACGGCCAAGAAGGACUUUGCCACCAAGCUCGGGGCCACCGACUACAUCGACACCGAGGCCCACAGUGCAGCGGAGGAAUUGAAGAAGAUGGGAGGCGCGGACAUGAUUGUCGUCACCGCCCCGAACCCCGACAUUAUCUCCCCACUCUUGGAUGGACUCGCGCCGGGCGGUACCCUACUGCUGUUCACAGCUAUAGGCCCCGUCCCCGUAAACACCGUUUCGAUGGUUAUCAACGCUCUCAGCGUCCGAGGCUGGCCCAGCGGACACGCCCUCGAUUCGGAGGAGGCCAUCGCCUUCGCACAGACCCACGGCGUCGAGUGCAUGAUCGAGAAGUUUCCGCUGGCGAAGGUGAAUGAGGCGAUGGAGCAUAUGACGUCCGGCAAGGUGAGGUUCAGGGGCGUUUUGACCAUGACCUGA